AUGAAAGAAACGAAUGACCCUUUCAAUAAAAACGAAACAAGAAAUAUGUCAACUACAAUUUCAAAAAUUUGGAAAGAAAGUGAAAAGUGGUUGUCUAUGCAACUAGCGGAUGCUGAAGAAAAUAAAAUGGUUAACCGCCUAGCAAAAUUUGUGGAGUUAGAAACUGCCUUAUAUACUUGGAUGCGACAAAUUCUUUCACGAAACGGAAUAGUAACCGAUAGGAUUCUACAAAUUCAAGCUAAAAAAUUUGCAGAGUUAUUAGAUAUCA